CGUGAGUCAGAGUCAGUCUCGGCGAGUAGGGCACACGAACGCGGUGCUGCGGCAGUGUUCCUCCGGACGGCGAGUUGUUCGCAUGUUUCCACGUUAACACGCUUUCUCCAUUAGUGCAUUCGAGGCAGAAAAGUGUCGACACAACCGAAUGGUUGCGAAAGUUUGCGCGAUGAUAUAUAAGUGAGAGCCAGCAUCGGACGUCAGGGUAACGCUCAUCGCACACGGUGAGCCAGUUUAUUCAACUAAAGACAUUCGAAACUCGCCAGCUGUGAGGGACGGGGGGCGCCAGACGCCGUCGGGUCGUACACGCGGGACCAGCCAUUCCUAACACAUACUAUACUUACUUUGAGAGAGAAACGGAAAGCAAUUUUUAAUGUGUCAAGUCAGUAUAGCAUAUUGCUGCUACGUCAGAUCGCAGAACGCCUCGAGCAAGAACUACAAGGUUAUGCAAAUGAGUUCUGAACGCUUCUAUACCAGGGGUAAUCUAAAGACCAUUCAUAACUUUAAUAAACUUUAACAAUUGCGUUCGUAGUACGGUGUUUAGUGUUUCUCUGUAUCGUUUUCCUGUCUUUAUAUUAUCGUUCGGUUUCGCGAUCGCUAAUUGCUAAUUAUCCGGAGUCGAGUGAUAAGGAGUUUGAGUGAGUGGUUGCGGACGCCGGAGCACCAGUGCAGCGAGUGCAGUUCUACACGAGCGACAGCCACAGCCGACGCGGACGAUGGCGGCUACGCAGGAGGAGACCUUGCUGUCACGCUGUGAAGUCCCUAUCAUCGACCUUGCACAUAUUGUUGCAGGCACCGAUGGAUGUCCCAUGAAGUCUGUGGUGCGCCGCAUCGGGCAACAACUGUUCGCGGCACUUAGCGGCAAGGGACUCGCUAUGCUUGUCAACCAUGGCAUCGCUGAUGAGAAGUUAAAGGCCGUGUAUGCGGACUUGGACAACCUGUGCGCGCUGCCUGAGGGUUGUAAGGCGCAGUACCUGCGCAACCCCGUCAGCAACCACGGGUAUGUCCAACCCGGGAUGGAGCAGUUCGAUACCACUAAACAGGAGUUGCGUCACUCGUACAAUAUAACAUCGCUGUCAGCGGCGGCGUUCCCCGCGCAGGAGGACGUGCCACAGUUCCCGCAGCACGCUGUGCCGCUCGCACACGACCUCACCAACCUGUCGCGUGUGCUGCUGCAAGCGCUCUCGUAUGCAUUCGGUUUGCCGCCAGCGACACUGUUGGGUUGUCACGCGGGCAUGUUGCGCAGCGAGGGCGGCAACGCGUCCAGCAUGCGGCUGCUGUACUACCCACCAGUGCCGCCAGAGGACGACGAGCGCCACGAGCACCACGCGACUUACACACGCUGCGGCGCACACGCUGACUGCUGCACCUUCACACUGCUCGCACAGGACUCUGAGGGCGGUCUAGAGGUGAAGCUGAACGGUAGUGAGAAAUGGCAGGCCGUAGGUCACCUACCCGGCGCGAUCCUCGUGCAGACUGGCGAGCUGCUCGCCUCCUGGACAACCAACCUGCUGCCGGCGCUGGUGCACCGCGUCGUCGUGCCCUCGGGAGCGUACGCACGCGCCCGCGCCCGCCACUGCGUCGCCUUCUUCUGUCACCCCGACAACGAUGCCACCCUGCCGAAGUUUCCUCAGCUUCCCAUCCUAGCGCCGGCCCCUCCCCCGCCCGUCUUCACCCCGCAUCUGACCCUGCACCACCGUCUGCUCAACGCCGCCCAUCAUCUGCAGAAGCGCUUCAGGGAGACGUACGCGUGACUAGCACGGGAACAUGGCACCAAGGAGUACCACCACACUACCCUCUCCCGGCGACACACCACACAUUGACUACCGACUAACGACUGGCUGCUUUGAAACUGACAAUGUUUUUUUUUAAAAAAAAAACAAAUACCAAUUCACAUUAAGAAUAUAAGUCCGUUCUAA